AUGAAACUGCACUACACUAAAAUAUUAUUAUUUUUCUUUCCAUUAUAUAUAUUGGUAACAUCAUAUCAUGUGUAUAGUAAAAACAAACCAUCCAUCACAUCACAUCAUACACCAAUUACUACAUCACGAGUGUUAAGCGAAAAGGACUUACAAUCAUCAAUUUAUGAUAAUGAUGCGGAUAUGAAAUCAGUAAAGGAAAAUUUCGAUCGACGAACAUCACAACGUUUUGAAGAAUACGAAGAACGUGUGAAGGAUAAACGCCAAAAAUGUAAAGAACAACGUGACAAAGAUAUACAAAAAAUUGUUUUAAAAGAUAAAAUGGAGAAAAACUUAGCAGAAAAAGUAGAAAUAGGUUGUCUGAGAUGUGGGUGUGCGUUAGGAGGUGGUGUUGCACCUAUUUGGGGACUGGUUAGCGGUUUAUGGUAUGCGACAUGGUCACAAUAUGUUUCUGCAAAGGUCCUUGAAGAGGCUACUAAUGCUGCUAUUAAAGCAGGUAUAAUUAAAGCGAUUGAAGGAUUAAAAGAAUUACAAGAUUUAGGUAAAUUAGUUGGGGAUAAGUGGUCAAAUAUAGUUACUCCAGAAACUUAUUCCAAUCCCAAUCUACUUUCGAGAGCACUUCAGAGGGUAAAUAUUGCAAUGUGCUAUUCCGAAUCUAAUGAAAAUGUACUUUUUUGUAAUGCUAUACAACGAAGACCUGAAAGUGUUUUUGUUCCUGCUUCAAAAGUUGCAGCAGAUGCUGGUGAAGCUGGUAAGGCUGUAUACUUAGCUACUGAAAAAGCAGAACUUCUCAAAAUCGCACCUGCUACUAAUGCUUUAACUACUGCCAUAAUAGCUUCAGUUGUUGCAAUAAUAAUUAUAGCUUUAGUUAUGAUAAUUAUAUAUUUAGUUUUACGUUAUCGUAGAAAAAAGAAAAUGAAGAAAAAACUCCAAUAUAUAAAAUUAUUAAAUGAAUAA